AUGGCUGAAAGACUAACGCAGAUCAAAGACCACAUAGUCUCUGCAAUGACGCCGUCAGUGCAGGAUGCCAGACCCGACGAUGUCGUGGUGGUGACAGCAUACCGGUCGGCGAUCACCAAGGGCUUCAAAGGCGGUUUCAAAGACGUGAAUUCGGAUUUCCUGGUACACCAGUUCUUACUGGAGUUUUUCGAAAAGGCGCCGCAAGCAGUGAGCGAAAACAAGCACUUGAUUCAAGAGGUCGCAUGCGGAAACGUUCUGAACCCCGGAGCCGGUGCCACGGAGCAUCGCGCAGCUUGUUUAGCCGCAGGCGUACCUUAUACCGCGCCAUUUGUCGCCAUAAAUCGUCAAUGCUCAUCAGGACUCGUGGCCAUCAACGACGUGGCGAACAAAAUCAAAGUCGGACAAAUCGACAUGGGGCUCGCCAUGGGCGCAGAAUCUAUGUCCAAGAACUACGGCCCACAGGCUUUGGGAAACAUCUCGCCGGAGCUGAAAGAAAACAAAAACGCUCGUAAGUGUUUGAUCCCCAUGGGCAUCACCAACGAAAAUGUGAGCCACCAAUUCCACAUUUCGAGGCAAAGUCAGGAUGCCUUUGCCGCGGAGUCCCAUCGCAAAGCUGGAAAGGCCGUCUCGGAAGGCCUCUUUGAAGACGAAAUUCUCCCUAUCCGUCUACCAGAUGGGACCGUGAUCGCUACUGAUGAGGGCCCUCGUAAAGGCGUCACGGCACAGAAUCUAUCACAAUUGAAGCCCGCUUUUAUCAAAGAGUCCGGUACUACUACAGCUGGGAAUGCGUCUCAAAUCUCAGAUGGUGUGGCUGCAGUGCUUCUAACGAGACGAUCAGUGGCGGAAUCUUUGGAGCUGCCAAUCCUAGCCAAAUAUGUUGCCUGCCAAGUUGUUGGCGUCCCUCCUGAAGUAAUGGGAGUAGGGCCCGCAUACGCUAUUCCAAAAGUUCUCAAGGACUGCAAUUUAACGGUCGAUGACAUCGACAUUUUCGAAAUUAACGAGGCGUUUGCUGGACAAGCACUCUAUUGCAUCAACAAGCUAGAAAUUCCUUUUGAAAAAGUCAACCCUAGAGGUGGCGCCAUAGCUCUUGGACAUCCGCUCGGUUGUACAGGAGCUAGACAAGUGGCAACGAUCUUACGGGAACUAAAAGCUGGCCAGGUGGGUGUAGUGAGCAUGUGUGUCGGUACCGGAAUGGGGGCCGCAGCCGUUUUCGUCAAGGAGUAA